ACACUUUCAGCUCAGUCGUGUACGUAACGUCGUCGAGUUGCAAACGCUAGCGGUAAAGCAAACAAUUAUAUUUGGCCCAAUAGCAGCAGCAGCAGCGGCAGCAACGUUGCACUGAAAGCAAAAAAAAAUUGAAAUGUGUGUUCAGUGUUAAGUAAAUUUGUAGUGCAAACUGAAGUAACGGCAAAUGUUGCGCUUCACUGAACGCUAAUAGCAAAUUAGUGCAGCAAAAACAAAAAAAAAGCAAGAAAACUAAACCAAAAGCGGCAAAGAGUAUUGCAUACCACACGGCUGUCAUGAAAAAUAGAUAUCGAUUUGCUGACUGACGGCAUGUGGUGGGGGGCAUUUAAAGCUAUUUCUGUGUGUGUAAUAAAAACUUAAUAUCAAAUUUCCAAAGUUACCGGAAAAGCUGCACAGACAUUCACCCACUAACAUUGUGAAUUAAGCAUUAAUUGGCUCAAUUGUGUGACAGUUUCUGUAAGUGUGUGUGUUUGUGUGCGUGCUUAGGCGUAUGCGGCGUUGUGUGUAUGUGUGUGUAUGAGAUCAUCAUUAUACGGCACUAGCCGUCGCCUGCUGGUAUGCAAUACUUCUUCUUUUAACGCACGCUAGCUUCCACUUAUCCUUCUUCCUCUCGCUUCCACAGCUGCGGGCUCUAUUGAAAGAGAAAAAAAGGAAAUACAUUUUGAAACUCGCUUGGUCUAUGACAAAACAAACGCAUUUUCUUCGCAACGCAUUCUAAGGUGCGUGUGCGUAUUGAGAGUGUGAGCGAGAGCGAUAGAGAGAGAGCGGCACGUGUGUCUUUUUGUGUAUGUGUUAGUUGCAGUUGUUGCGCCUUCACGACAACGCGAACAAUUUAAGCAAUUAAAAAUAUUAAAAAAAUCUGUAAACGCGCGCGUGUUUAUUUAAUUUGUAUUUUGAUCAUUGGGCUCGACAACCAUAAAAGCAUUUCCCUAUGAUUGGCUCAUUCUGGAAUCUGUGCAGAGCGUGCCCAUCAAUGCCGGUUGACAAGCUCCAUUCGGAGUAUAGGAGCACUUAUCGUUGGCAUGAAUUUACGGGCAAUUCGCGGCCAGAGGUUGUGCGUCGGGCGCCAGCGCCAAAUCCAAGUCAAUUUGUUGGUCCAACAAAUGAGCCGCCAUUGCCACGUCGAAAAAAAUGCCCUGAAUUAGCAUAUAAAUCGCACGAGUUUAUUAUAGGAUCCGAAUAUACAGAUGCACGUCGAGAUGCCAGUGCACACCGUGCGGCAAGGUCGGAGGAGCGCGGCACACCUUCGCGCCGCAGCAAAUCGGAAGGACCACCCGUUGUGCCCAAAGGACGCCCUUAUCCCAUUGCAACGGAGAUCGAUGGAACUACUAGUAAACAGGCGGCCAAACUGCAUGAGCUGGAGCCGUUGGUUAGCGAUACGGAUGAUAGAAAAACACACGAGAAACAAGUGAAUUUUGUUGAGCGCAAAAUUAUCACACGUCCGUUUUCGCAAGCAAUCGAUCACGAGCGUAUCAAUCGCAAUAUUACGAAAAGGGAGGACUUUGGUUUUGCUGAUGGAACAGCAGCUGCCAAGGAUCAUUAUAAUCAAGGUCAGCUGGUGGUCUCGAACGGCAGCGCACCGCCGCAUUCGAAACCGAAUUUGGAUUUGUGGUUCAAGGAGAUGGUCGAGCUGCGCAAGAAGGCCGGCGAAUAUAAGAGUCGCGGCUGGGGCGUGGAAAUCGAUCCGGAAUUGUAUAAGAAACAAAGGGAUCUUUGGGAUCAGGUUUCCAAGCGCAGCUCGCUAUCAGCACUGUCCCUAGCAUCCACUUUGCACAGACCUAUUACCAAGGAGGAGAAAGAGCAGGAGAAUAAUAAAAAAUCAACGCCGUUGCAAAAAACGCCACAGCCACAAAAGCCACGAGUUCCUGGCCAAGCCUAUUUGAUUGAUAAUAAGGAUGAGAUAUCAGCACUGCCAGCACGUUUUAGCAAUAUACGCCAUCACUUGGAGCGCACUACUGGUCCGGACGUUGAGGAGGGCGCUUUACUGCCUUCACCCACGCGGGAGAAACUGAUGCCAGCUAUGACCAAACGUGAGUCCGAGUCUCAACGUGGCAGUCCCAAGAAGACGGCCCUCUCGCGUCAUGGCUCGCCGCAAAAGGGCAGCCCCCAAAAGGGCAGCCCCAAGAAGGUCCUUAAAACACGCUCACAAUCUGUGGGUCCUGGCGUCGCCGAGAAUGAGUCACCCAAGCGUCAGAUACGCUCGGCGAGUCAAGCCCCGACGAGCCGUAAAAAGGUACCAACAACAUCGGCCGGAACUGAACGUAAGCCACGCCCAUCCACCCUGUCCACAACAUUCCAAUCCCGCAUUAAAAGUAGUUCCCUACCACCGCCUAACGGUAAAGUAGCCGCAGCGCCAACAGCAUCAACCGCAGCAGCAGCAACAACAGCAGCAACAGCCGCCCGUACAGCAGCAACAUCCAAUGCUAAUCAUGCUUAUCAAUCACAUAUAUCACAAUGCAAGAGCUACAAUAAAAGCAGCAGCAACAAGCCAACAGCAACAUCUGCAAAACAACAACUACAGCAGCAACGACAACAACAACAGCAACAGCAGCAUCAACAGCAACAGCAGCAAUUGCGUAAGAAAGACAAAGAUAGAUCGAAUAUUAGUUGCAUUAGUCAAGUUGGUGCUGGUAGCGGUAGUAGUGCAAAUAGUGCGAAGCAUCAACAAAACAAACAGAAACAACAACAGUUACAACAACAAGAACAGCAGCAGCAGCAGGAACAACAGCAGCAACAGUGGCACCAACCAGUACACGUUGCUGCUGCAACUGACACGACAGCGACAGCGGCAACAACAACAUCGGUUCCAACAGCAACAACAGCAACAACAACGGCACCCGCCCGACCUGUCACCAUCAACAUCAAACGCCUAACGGUACCAGGUCAGGAUAGAAAAUUGGCUGAAAACGAAGCCGAAGAUGGCCGUGAGACUGCAAUUUCAAUUUCCAGCUGCAGUCCUCAGCCAGUGCCUGAGGUGCCCGACGAGCCAUUGGUUAAAUCGCCGCCAGAGCCCACAAGGGUUAAAUCUCCGGAGCAGAUUAUAAUGCGCUCUCCCGAUCCAGUCAACUGGACGGUGCCCUUGGACACUGGCAAGACAUUUACUGUAACACAAAAUGUCAAAGAGGGCGAGAACUACAGCCGACCUCAGAGCGAGAUAAAAGCGUCAACGCCGGUGGAAAAGCCACCACCGCCACCACAAUCGGCACCGCCACAACUAACCGAACAGGCUAAAAUGGACGCUUGGAAGACCAGCGGCAGUCCAACAACCAGUGCCGCCGCCGCCGCCGUGGCCGCUGUCUAUGGCAAAACGCUGACGCCCACCCAGCCGGGCGGCGCGGUCCGUUGCGAUGCCAGCAUCAAGCCGGAACCGGCUAUUUCAUCAUCUUCAUCGACAGCGACUGCGUCAACGGCACGUUCCACCGCCGCCGAUGUGCUGGAGAAGGCGCGUGACCGUUUCGAUCGCUUCUGGGGCGGCAGCAGCAGCAGCGCCACCAAGGAGGAGAGCGUCUAAAUAAAAAUGUAGUCAAAAGUGUAUGAAGUGCAAAAUGUAUUUGACAUGAGCAAAAUUCAAUUGAUCAAACAGCGUUCAAAAUUUGACCUAAAUGUCGCCCCAAGCAUACAUGUCACAUAACUAUUAUCGCAAAUUCAGUGCUGCGAAAUUAUCGAUAGUGCCACAGCUCGAUAGCUUUUAAAGUCGAUAGCAUCGAUCCAUUUAUAUACGUUUAGUGUGGUACUCCUCUUUCGAAACUUCUAAAAACUAAUUCGAUAUUAGUUUUACUUAUAAUGUAUACCUUAUUUAACUUCUUAUUUUUUAUUAAAACCUUGACUAAUGACUAGUUACAAGGAAAGUUUAUAGAUCUAUCGAGAUUUCCAUCAAUAGUUUUGCAGCACUGUCCUCUUUCCUAUUUGUCCUUGUCCUAUUUCGGCUAAGCUUAUAUGGAAGACAACUCGAAUGCUACCAAAUAAAAUAAUUUGAGUAAAUCUUAGUAAAUUAUAUAAAAUUCAAUUUCAACACCCACGUUAAAGUAUCCAAUAGGAGUAUACUAGGAUUUCAACUGAAUUUAACUUAGAUGAUAUAUUAUUCAGGGAAAUCAGUCGUAUUCUGCGUGAUAUAUGAUUUUCAGCGUUGCACAUAAAUUAUUCUUUAAAAUGUAAAACACUUACUUUCACUGCCUAUAAUCCCCAAAAAAAAAAAAACAAGAAUUUUGCAAACACCCAAACACAAGCUGUUCAACAAUGCAGAAAACAAAAAAUGGAGAUAUAAAAUAAAAUACUUCAAAGUAUUCCAACAUAAAAAGAAAUCUUUUAAUAAUAAUAUAACGCAAGGACAACAUCACCGCAGAGACCCGUCCAACAAAAAAAAGUGAACAAGAUUAAGAAAAAAGUAUUUAAGGUAAAAACCUAAAAGUUUUGUAACUUUCAUUAAGCGCGAAAAAAAA